CGCCACAUUUUCUUUGAGUCGUAACUCUAGAAAGUAACUUAAACAUGAGUGGCCGAGGGAAAACCGGUGGCAAAGCCAGAGCUAAGGCAAAGACCCGCUCCUCCCGUGCCGGGCUUCAGUUCCCCGUCGGCCGUGUCCACAGGCUGCUGCGUAAAGGCAACUAUGCCGAGCGUGUUGGAGCCGGUGCCCCCGUCUACCUGGCGGCCGUGCUGGAGUACCUGACCGCUGAGAUCCUGGAGUUGGCUGGAAACGCUGCCCGCGACAACAAGAAGACUCGUAUCAUCCCCCGUCACCUGCAGCUGGCUGUCCGCAACGACGAGGAGCUCAACAAACUGCUGGGCGGAGUGACCAUCGCUCAGGGCGGUGUGCUGCCUAACAUCCAGGCUGUUCUUCUGCCCAAGAAGACCGAGAAGCCCGCCAAGUCCAAGGAGGACAGACUAAAGGAGGCAAUCUUUAAAAGUAGAGAAACCGUCUUCAACACAGGAGGACAACUUAUACACCAACGAACAGCCACCUACAAUGCUUCCUCACUUUCCAGGAGACCACUCGGGCAACAGUUGUCACAACGAGCAUUAAUGAACUAAUUGGGAACAAUGUUUUAGUUAGUGAUCCUACCAAUGCCAUAUACCUGGAUCUUCCCACCAGAGCGAGAAUGAAAUGUCCUCACAAAGUUAUUCCACAUACAGUUGCCCCAGAUUUGAACCUUUUUUGAAGAGUCUCUGACAUCAAACUCAUCACAUCAUCUCAUGAAUCUAAUUGGAUUCUAUCUACAGUCAAUUUAUAGUGGAUAUAAAAAGUCACACCCCUUUUACAUCAGCUUUUAUCAUGUAGAAAAAAAAAAUAAAAUAAAUGUCAGAACAUUUUCCACCAUUAAUGUGACCUAUAACAUGAACAAUUCAAUUGAAAAACAAGCUGGAAUAUUUUAAGAGGAAAAAUAAACUUAUACAAACACUAACCUGGUUGCAUAAGUGGGCACACCUUAGUAACUAACAUGUUGUCUUGAGAUCUCAAGAUAAUUAACUC